ACCUCAUCUCUGCAACCGAACCGGGCUCACCUCGCCGCCAGAGUCCUGCUGCCUGCCCUGCCUGAACCUAAAGCAGUCGGUUCAGAUUCAAACCCUCCAAUCCCAAAAUCCUCCAGACCUCGCCGUCGGCCACACCUCCGGCGAGACCCCCACCCUCCUAUCCCGCCUCAACGAGCCCGAUACCAGCACCCUCCAACCAUGCCGAGAAACUUCCGCAAGCGGAGCAUCGAGCCGGACGCCGCCGACCACUCCGACGACGAGGAUAUCCGCCGCGUCGCCCUGGAGGAGAUCAAGUACAUGCAGAAGCUCCGCGAGAGGAAGCUGGGCAUCCCAGCUGACUCCGUCUCCGCCUUCACUAACGGGUCCACCACGCGCGGCCGUGGGAGCGGCUGGGCAGCGGCCGCCGGCGAGGCCGGGAAGGAGGACCUCGUCCUCCAGGACACCUUCGCGCAGGAGACCGCCGUCACCAUCGAGGACCCCAACAUGUUGAGGUAUGUGGAGACCGAGCUGGCCAAGAAGAGGGGCAAGAUGGCUGAUGUGGGCGACAAGGAGGAGGAGGACCAUGUCGAUGAGCUCUACAGUAUGCCAGACCAUCUCAAGGUGAAGAAGAAAAACUUAGAGGAGAGCUCAACACAGUGGACCACUGGCAUUGCUGAAGUCCAGCUGCCCAUUGAGUACAAGUUAAGAAACAUUGAAGAAACUGAGGCAGCAAAAAAGAUGCUGCAAGAGAAAAGGCUCGUGGGCAAACCAAAAUCGGUUGCAAACAUUCCAUCAAGUUACAGUGCUGAUUAUUUCCAUCGUGGUAGAGAGCAUGAUGAGAAAUUGCGAAGAGAGCAUCAUGGAUUGUACAAAGAUAAAGAUUCCCGGCCAAUUGAAACCGCAGGAGGCAAAGAAACAAAUACUAAAAAUUCAGAUGGUGCAGCUGCAGGACGGAGAGAAGCUGCUAGUGAUGAGCUCAUGCUCGAGCGUUUCCGCAAGCGAGAAAAAUUCCGUGUCAUGCGAAGAUAGCAAGAGCCAACGGAAUAGGCUGCUUGCUGGUGCUGCUGCCUUUUAAGCUCAAAUAUGUCAGUGUGAAUACAUCCUCUGUCCUUUCUAGUGAAAAAUUGACAGUAAAGGGCAUCCUUGAUUGUUGACCCUGCUUUUGCAGCUGCUGACAGCAAGGAGCAGAGUAAAGCCUUAUUAUAGAGGCGAUUUGGAGUAAUAUAUUUGAGGGGAGGGACAUCGGAAAUUCCCAUGUCAACUUGGAGGCUUGAUAUCUCAGGGGCCUUGCAGUGGGUUUGGACAUGAGAGCUCCUAACUUGCCAGGAUCGUGUCAAGCUCCAUGCUCAUAUCUGCACAGGCCAAAGUUGUGCUCUUUUUGACCAAUAUAAAUGAGCCGCAACAUCUUGGGCAAAGGCCAAAGGGUAGCACGAUUUCAUUUUUUGGAGUGCAUGGCAAAGCCAAUAAUUUCAUCUUUCUAGCCUGGAAUAUUCUGUUUCUCAGAGUUGUUCACAGUUUGUGCUGCAGUAGCAUCAGAUAUCAGUAAACCUGGAUUUCUACGGACGAGUAAUUUGUGAGUUACUUCUGCUGCCGUAUGUCUGCUUACUUUGUUUUUUCCUAGUGCAAAGAUAAAAUAUUAAGCCCUUUAAACGGAGGAUUUUCAUAUGUAACUUGGAGGAUUUGCACUACUUUUGCGAUCCAAAUAUGCUCUGACAUUACUGGUUUUACCAGUAAGUAUCGGCAAUACUGUAGCUGCCGAUGGAGACAUGGUAUCUUAAGCUAUC